CUGAGUGAAACAAGUAUAUACUGCUCACCUAGAACUUUUCUUCCGAAAACUCAUAAUUAUUCUCCUGUCACUAAACUAAAAUACAUUUUCUUGUACCGUCUCUUGCUGUUUUUCCCUGUUAAUAAUUGUAUAUUUAUUGAACUUAUUCAACUUAUUGUACUAAGUGGUUAUCAGUGCGAUCGUUGUGGUAAAGUGUUUACUUACGAAUAUUACAAAGAGAAGCACCUGAAAUACACUCGUUGUGUUGAUCAAGGAAAUAGAAAAUUUCGCUGUUUACUGUGUCCACGAUCAUUUGAAAAAAGAGAUCGUCUACGAAUUCACGUUCUUCAUGUUCACGAGAACCACAGACCUCAUGUUUGUUCUGCAUGUGGCAAAUCUUUUUCUCAAUCUUCAAGUCUAAACAAGCAUCUUCGAGUUCACUCAGGCGAAAGGCCAUAUAAAUGUGAACACUGUGGCAAAAGAUUUACAGCCAGUAGUAUACUAAGAACGCAUAUAAGGCAGCACAGCGGAGAAAAGCCGUUUCAGUGUUCAACAUGUGGCAAAACUUUUGCCUCCCACGCAGCGCACGAUAGCCAUGUUAGACGGACUCAUUUGGUAGGAUUCCGCAUUUUAAACUAA